AUGGAUGGGAGUACAGUGGAAGAUGCGGCGCCGCCGGCCCCAAGGGCGGCCAAGCCGACGAUUCUGGUGCCGGCGCGUGGCCCGGCGGAGUCGUUCUUCGCAGCCGGGCUGGGGAGCCUCGGGUUCAGCCCGGGCCCGAUGACGCUGGUCUCGAGCUUCUUCGCUGAGCAGGGCCCGUUUUCUUUCUCUCAGCUGCUGGCCGGAGCCAUGGCCUCCCCGAUGGCGCCGAAGCUGGAUUUCUCGCCGGCGGAGGAUAUUCCGGCGAAAGAAGAAGAAGAGGGAAAAUUUCCGGGCGGUGGGGAGAAUCCCGAGGGAGCCGUUGGGUAUAAGCGUAAUAGGCCGAUGAAUUUGGUGGUGGCUCAGCCGCAGCUGCAGCCGGAGAGCCUGAGCCCGAUGUUCAUGGUCCCGCCGGGCCUGAGCCCGUCCGGGUUUCUUAACUCACCCGGGUUUUUAUCCCCACUUUUAUUUGAAUUUUAG